AUGGAUUCCCAAGGAUCUAGCGCGAGCUUUCAAAAAAGUACAUACAUUGCUGAAAGCGACAGUGAAGAUAAUAACAAUGAUACAUCUUCUAGUACAAAUGUGCCAACCAAUAAAGAAAAAAAAGUAGAAAAAGCUUCAUAUGGAAAUACUUUGAA